CGUGGCCUCUGGGCGCCCCUUCCCCCGCGUCCUAAAGGCACCGGGGGCCUCGGGGUGGCCUCUUCGGUUGGGCCGCGCCCGGCCCGGGUGGCAGGGGCCGUCCCGGAGUUUGGAGCCGCUGUCACCGGGGCCGGGGCAGGGAAGGAUACUGGAGGGGACUAGGCCCACCCCCUCGCGUUUGACAGGUGGGGAAACCUAACGCACGCAGGAUAGAUUGGGCCACCGCACUUGGAGCAGUCCCACCCCGACACCUGGUCUUGGGGGCAAACCCAGGCCUCGGUGGGUGGGACUCCAGGCGGCGGGACCCUAGAUCUGCAGUUCAGGGGACUGGGGGACCUCUGCUGUCCCUCAGUCUGUCCUUUGCUCCUCUCCUCGCAGCCUGAGCCUCCAGGGUGGGUCCUUUUGACCUAAAUUCACCUCGGGGCUGCUGCAGGUUGAGAAUGCAGCGGCACCUUCCGAGGCACCCCCUGCCUGACUUUCCAGGAUGUGGGCCCAGCCCUGCUCUGCGCUGGGUCCCAGUGCAGGGCUGCCCAGCUCCAGCCUGGAGCUAUCUCCGGCUCCCGCCCACCCCUUGCACUGACCAGUUUGGGAAGUGGGUGUUUUCACAGCUCAGCCCACUACCCUGGCUGCUUGCAGUUGGCACUGGAGGGGUUGCACCUUAGCCCUUCCAGCUCCCGCAGAAGGUUGGGACAGAGGGAUGGCGUUUCCUAACGCUCAGUGUCAUCAGCAAGAGAGGGGCACCCUGCCCUGGACUGGGACUGGGAUCUGCAGCGUCCAUCCUUAGAGGCAGCUAUACCUUCCUCAGCCUGGUGUUCCGAAUCCCUACAGUCCUAGAGAGAGAAACUUCUCGUCCCCCUGAGCCGUGCAGCCCUUACAUUAACUCCCUCUCCCAGCUCUGUCACCAGGGGAAAGAGGAUACUUCUGGAUCCCAUAGGGGAAGGCAGACGUAUCAACAAGCGGAAGGCAUUUGGGGAGUGUUAGUCUCAUCCUCCUACAACCUGUAAUUUAAGAAUAAGUAGUGUGCAUGCUGUCAUGAGUCCUGGACUCCCCUUUCCGACCUGACGGCUGCUGAUAAAGCCCACCCACCAUAUAGAAACUCUGGAGCAGUCCUUGGUGAUGAGGGCUUGCUGCGUAUUUGUGUGGUAAAGAGUAACAGUCGUUUGAUGGACUCUUAAUUCGGAAUAAUAACGAUAACAAUAAUGUUAAUACCGGUUGCCUUCAGGCUGACUUCAAGUCAACGCCAUGUGUGUCAGAGUAGAAUUCUGCUCCACAGGGUUUUUAGUGGCUGGUUUUUCAGAAGUAGAUUGCCAGACCUUUCUUCCUAGGUGCCCUCUGGGUACACUCAGACCUCCAGCCUUUCAGUUGGCAGCCGAGUGCAUCAGCCGUUUGUACCACCGGGGAAUAAUAAUGUUGAUAGCUAACAUUUAUUGAGCUCUUGUUGUGUACCAGGUACUGUGCUGUGUACUGUACUGUCUAGAAGAAUCUUUGAUCAAAAGAGGGAAAAUGCAGAACAGAAUUUCAAAUUAUCCUGCACUCCAGACUUCCUGGAGAAAUGGAGACUAGACAAACCCUUGAAAUGAUUGCCCUGAGAUAGUCUUUAACCUUAAACCAAAAAUAGCUCUUGAAGUCUUAAAAUCAAAAAAUAGUUUAGCUUAACUAAUAAAAGACGUCUGCCUUGAGAAUGGUGCUGUUUUAGAAACUAUCUGUAUGGGAUCAAAGGAGCCCCGGUGGUACAAUGGUUAAACAUUCGGCUGCUAACAGAAAGGUCAGCGAUUUGAACCUGUCAGCCGUUCCUCUGGAGGAAGAUGUGGCCAUAAAGAUUACUGCCUUGGAAGCCCUACAGGGUGGUUCUCCUCUGUCCUGUAUGUCACUAUGAGUCAGAAUUGGCUCAGUGGUAAUGAAUUUGGUUGGGUAUGUGGGAUCAAACUGACAACAACAACUUGAAAGAUUAGGUAGGAAACUUAGGGAGCAGUAGGUUUAUGUUAGUGGGGGAGGAAGAACUCAGAAAAGGAGGGUGAGGAUGGUUGCACAACUUGAAGAAUGUAAUCAGUGUCACUGAACUGUACUUGUAGAAACUGUCGAAUUGGUGUACCUUUUGCUGUGUGUAUUGUCAACAACAAUGACAAAAAAACCUCUAUGAGACAGGGAUUUUUAUGCCCAUUCUAGAAAUGAGGAAAUUGAGGCUUCCAACAAUUCUGCAGUGUUGCUUGCAUUUAAACCCACUGCUGUUGAGUUGAUUCUGACCCACAGAGACAGGGCAGAACUGACCCACAGGGUUUCCAAGGCUGUAAAUCUUUUUUUGUGCUUUCAGUUAAAGUUUACAGCUCAAGUUAAUUUCUCAUUCAAAAAUUUAUACACAUUGUUUUGUGACGUUGGUUGCAACCUCCACAAUGUGACAGCACGCUCUCCUUUUCCACCCCAGGUUCCCGGUGUCCAUUUACCCGGUUCCUGUUCCUUCCUGCCUUCUCGUCCUGCUUUUGGGCAGGAGUUGCCCAUUUGGUCUUGUAUAUUUGAUUGAACUAAGAAGCAUGUUCCUCAUGUGUGUUAUUUUUUGUUUUAUAGGCCUGUCUAAUUUUGUCUGAAAAGUGGGCUUUGGGCAUGGCUUUAGUUCUGGGUUAGCAGAGUGUCUGGGGGCCAUAGUUUUGGGGGUUCCUCCAGUCUCUGUCAGACCAGUAAGUGUGGUCUUUUUCCAUGAAUUUGAAUUCUGUUCUACAUUUUUCUGCUCUGUCUGGGACUCUUUGUUGUGAUCCCUGCAAGGCUGUAAAUCUUUAUGACAGCAGACUGCCCCAUCUUUCUCCUACGGAGCAGCUGGUGGGUUUGAACCUCUGACCUUCUGGUUAGCAUCCAACUGCUUUAACCACUGCGCCACCAGGGCUCUUCUACUAGCAGUUGUUGUCGUUAGGUGCUGUCAAGUCAGUUACAACUUAUAGUGACCCUGUGUACUACAGAACAAAACACUGUUCAGCCCUGCGCCAUCCUCACGAUCGUUGUUAUGCUUUAGCCCAUUGUUGCAGCCACUCUAUCAGUCCAUCUCAUUGAGGGUCUUCAUCUUUUUCGCUGACCCUCCACUUUAUCAAGCAUGAUGUCCUUCUCCAGGGACUGGUCCCUCCUGAUAUACUCGUCCAAAAUAUGUGAGAUGAAGUCUCGCCAUUUUUUGGUUCUAAGGAGCAUUCCGCUGAUUUGUUCUUCUUCCAAGACAGGUUUCCAAGACAGAUUUGUUCGUAGUAUAUGGUAUAUUCAAUAUUCUUCACCAAUACCGUAAUUCAAAGACAUUGGUUCUGCUUCGGUCUUCCUUAUUCAUUGUCCAGUGUUCACAUGCAUAUGAAGCAAUUGUAAACACCAUGGCUUGGGUCAAGUCCUUAAGGUGACAUCUUUGCCUUUAACACUUUAAAGAGGCCCUGUUUUAUAGAUGGGUUCAGAGAGGUUAAGGAACUUGCUCAGGGUUACACAGCCAGCCCAGGCAUGUCAGGUCCCAGAGCCUUUGUGCUUUAGCACCUGUUGUAGAGCAGGGGCUUUGUUUGGCUGAGCCAGCAUAUGAGGGUGCAGAGCUAAGUGGGCAUGGUGCUGGUGCAGAGUGACGUGGGCAUGUCUUUGCCCUGGGGCUGUUAGUGGGCCGGUAGCCAAAUAUAUUCCCUAAUAACUAUGCAGCAGUUCUCAUCAGAGGCGGUCCCGCCCUCUUGGGGAGCAUUUGGAAAAGCGUGGGGGCAACUUUUGGUCGUUGAAAUGAUGCUGAGCUCUCCUGCUUUUGGCGUUAGGAGCCAGGGAUGACAAACGUCCAGCCAGCAGGCCAGUCCCACAGCCCGAAGAAUUGCCUUGCCAUAAAUGCCAGCUGUGCCCUGUUGAGAAACAUCCCAGGAACGGAGGAAGCUGAGCACAGUGGGGGCCUGAGGCAAUCCUUUCUGAUGGUGUGAAUCCAGGAGGCUGCCUGGAGGAGGUGUCGUUUGUGCUGUUUGUGCUGUGCUUCAAAAGACGGGUUAAAAAGCAGAGAUUGAAUGGGGUUGGGGGAGGGUUGGACAGGAUGAUCUGGCAGAAGGAGUUUUCUGCAGUAAACAAGGCCCCACCCUUGGAAUUUUGUCUGAGACCUCCCUCCUUGAGAGCCUCAGCCUGGAUCCAAGAUGGGGCAGCUGGUGGGUGGGGAGGCAUCUUUCUGGGGAGGAAGGGAUGGGUGGAUGAGGCAGGUCAAGUGUGUUUUCAAGGCAUUUAGUCUCAAAUUUUAACAUGGGCCACAGAGUUACACUUACCCCAUCAUGAACCCAUUUUAUAGAAGGGCUUGGAGAGGCUAAGUAACUUGUACAGGGUCACCAGAACCUUCGUCCCCCUGGCAUGACUUUUUCUGGCAGCUUUGGGAAGCAUAUGGUUCCUAUUUCGUUUCCUGAUCCCAGUGACUUUGGGCAAAUGCUAUUUCAGAUUUUCCCUUGAGUCAGAGGGCCUUGUAUUGCUAUUUUUUUGCAGGUGUUUUGUUUCCCAAAAGGUCCUGCCUUUUAGACCAGGUGGGGGACGCUGGAUAACUUCACUACGUUUGCAGGGAGCACGUGGUGGGCGAAUGGUUCUAGAAAUCAACAGAGGCCAGUUUCCUGGGCCUAGGCUUUAGGGGGUCUCUCAGUUCCACCCUCACUUUCCCCUGGCGAGAAGUGGAGCUCCCUCUUCAAGCCCACUGCCUCCGGGGUCACUUGUGGUCAUUGUUGUUAGGUGCCACCGAGUCGAUUUCACCUCAUAGGGAUGCUGUGUGACAGAGCAGAACUACCCCACAGGGUUUUCCAGGCUGUAAUCUUUAUGGGAGCAGAUCAUCAGGUGUGUCUCCCACAGAGCCGCUGGGUGGGUUCAUGCCUCCAACCUGUUGGGCAGCAGCUGAGCACUUAACCAUUGCGCCACUGCAAUCAUUAGGAGCAUCUUCUUCAGGGAGGGUCCAGAUUUCAUGCGAUUCCAUCCUUUUCAGUCAUGAUGAUUCGUUACAUGUAGGUAGGCCCCCACGCGAUUCCAUUGGCACACACCGUAAAACCUGCAAAAGUCAGAACAUGUGUAAGGUGGAAACCUGUCAGAGCAGAAAAGCUCAAAUAUUUCCCGCUAGUAGAGAGCGAUAGACUGCACCCUGUCAAAGGCGGAAAACUGGCGAGACCCAGAAAAACAAGGUAGUCCGUUGAGUUCCAGCUCUCACAGGUGUCACUGUAUUUUGUGAGGCUUUUUCCAGGGAAGUAAGUCCACAAAGUAGCAGAAGCCUCCCUGAUGGGUGAGGCUGCAACCCUGUGGCCACCCAGAGCCCGCCAGACUCGUGGAGCACUGCACCAGGAAUGGCCAAAAGGAGGCGCAACCGAGUGGUGCUAAGAGCUGAGCUGGGAGCGAGCCCAGCUGGUCAGCCCUCCUGCUUACAGGUGGGGAAGUGGAGCACGGAACAGAAGGGAGAUGGUGGUCUACACAUUGUGUGCUGGGUGCUUCUUUCUUUUUCAGCAUUUUAUUGUAUUUUCGGUGAAGGUGUAUGCAGCAAAACAGGCUCCCAUUGCAACGGUUUCUGCACGUAUUGUUUGGUUACAUUGGAUACCUUCUUCACAUGGGCUCAACAUUCUCAUUAUCUCUGUUCUAGAUGUUCUGUCCCCAUUAACCCAGCUUCGCCGCCCCCCAGCCUUCUCAUCUCUGCUUUAGAGUAACUGUUGACCCAUUGCUGGCCACUCUCAUGUAGAAGAUUGGCUCUUUCCAGCCAGCUGCUAGGCAGGUCAUGGUGGCUCCAUUUUCCAAAUGAGAAAAGUCAAGGCUUGGGAUCCCCUGGGGCUCACUGAUGAACUGAGCUGCUGUGAUGGGCCGUGGAAAAAGUUGGAAACAAUAACAGUGAUGGUCGCACAAUGUCAUGACUGCAGUUAACGUCACUCAGUUGUACAUGUGAAAAACGUCGAGAUGGCAGAUGGUUUGUUACAUACCUGUUUACCACAAUAUAACAAAAAAGAAGCAGCAGCCCUGGUGGCACAACGGUUAAGUACUCGUCAGCAGACCAGAGGGUUGGCGAUUUGUACCCACCCAGCAGCUCCAAGGGAGAAAUUCCUGGAGAUCUGGUUUUGUAAAGAUUACAGCCUGGAAAACCCCAUGGGACAGUUCUACUCUGUCACAUGGAGUCGCCAUGAGUUGAAAUUGACUUGACGGCACCCAGUAACAACAAAAAGAUCCCCUGGGAUGUGUAUAGAGGGCAGCAGGAUGGUUCAGUGGUAGAAUUCUCACCUUCCACGUGGGUAACCCAGGUUCAAUUCCUGGCCGAUGCACCUCGUGCGCAACCACCACCCGGCUGCCUGUGGAAGCUUCUGUGCUGCUGUGAUACUGCAUAGACUGAGGUGGGCCAGGAAGAAAGGCCUGGCAACCUACUUCCAAAAACUAGCCAGUGAAUACCUUAUGGGUCACAACGGUUUGAUCUGCAGCCGACCACGUGGAUGAUGCGGGACAGGAUGCAGCAUUUCCCCCCCUUCUGCGUGGGGUCACCACGUGUUGGGGCCAACUCCACGCCAGCUGACGACGUAACUGAAGUGUGUAUAGCCCCCAGCACACCCUCUAACCCUGAGCUCCUUUGUCUCCCCCCCAUACGCUGACCAGUGAGGCCUGUUUUCUUGCAGAUAGGAGCCCAGCCCGCCUUCGCCGGGAGCUUAUGACAUGAAGAUAGUUUCCAAAUGGCUUUCCUAUUUGAAAAAUACUCUGCUGUUGUUGUAGUAAAGUUUGUAUAACACAACGUUUGCCAGUUCAGCAUUUUCCAGGUGCACAGUCUAGUGACAUCUUUUACAUGAAUCAUGUUGUGGAUCUGUGAAAAACAAGAUUUUGAAUUAGCGUUUAUUGUUUUUUCCUCCUUCCCUGAUUGGACCCCUUCGUCAACAAAACAAAGCUAACCCACUGCAGGUGAGAGCCUUUAGACAGGGUUGAAAUGGGAACGGAUUUCUGUUAACCGCCAGUUUUCAGUUUCAGCUGUGUUUGUAAUGUUGCCGCGGGAUUAUUUUUCCAAUUCUGAGACAUUUCAUGCCUAGACAGAAACCAAAGUUUUGUUUCAUUUUUGGUUUUGAUUGGCGUGUUUUUGGAAGGCUGGAAGGAUGCCAAGAAGGGGAUGGAGACAGACCGGAGCCAGGAACUGACUGAGCCCUGAAACUUUGCUGAGCAUUCUUUCAACUUGUGCUUUUUGGGGAGCCCCUGAAAAGCCUGCCUUGCAGACCAGAGGGACAUUGGGUCUCACCUCGUUCUCCACGGGCUCCCAGGUGGCCCUGUUGUCGCAGAUGGGAGUGCCCGGGUGUGUUGGAUGAGGCUGGCGCACGCCGCGCACCAUGUCAUCAUGUGUCUCUAGCCAGCCUAGCAGUGACCGGGCCGCCCCCCAGGAUGAGCUGGGGGGCGGAGGCGGCAGCAGCGAAGGCCAGAAGCCCUGUGAGGCCCUGCAGGGCCUCUCGACCUUGAGCCUCCGCUUAGGCAUGGAGUCCUUCAUUGUGGUCACUGAGUGCGAGCCGGGCUGUGCUUCCGAUGGCCUGGAGGCUUCCCUCCAUGCCCCCAGGCCCCAGACCCGGCCUCACCUCUCCAGCCGCAAGCUUUCUCUGCAGGAGCCGUCCCAGGGCGGCCCAGAGGCCAGCGGCGGUGGCUCAGACAUGAACGGGCGCUACAUCUACCCGUCCUUGCCCUACUCCCCCGCCGGGUCCCCGCAGUCCUCGCCACGGCUGCCCCGCAGGCCCACUGUGGAGUCUCACCACGUCUCUAUCACGGGUAUGCAGGACUGUGUACAGCUGAAUCAGUACACGCUGAAGGAUGAAAUUGGAAAGGGCUCCUAUGGCGUGGUCAAGUUGGCCUACAAUGAAAACGACAAUACCUACUAUGCAAUGAAAGUGCUGUCUAAGAAGAAGCUGAUCCGCCAGGCAGGCUUUCCACGCCGUCCCCCACCCCGAGGUACCCGGCCAGCCCCGGGGGGCUGCAUCCAGCCCAGGGGCCCCAUUGAGCAGGUGUACCAGGAAAUCGCCAUCCUCAAGAAGCUGGACCACCCCAACGUGGUGAAGCUGGUGGAGGUCCUGGAUGACCCCAAUGAGGACCAUCUGUAUAUGGUGUUCGAACUGGUCAACCAGGGGCCUGUGAUGGAGGUGCCCACCCUCAAGCCACUCUCUGAAGACCAGGCCCGGUUCUACUUCCAGGACCUGAUCAAAGGCAUUGAGUACUUACACUACCAGAAGAUCAUCCACCGGGACAUCAAACCUUCCAACCUCCUGGUCGGAGAAGAUGGACACAUCAAGAUCGCCGACUUUGGCGUCAGCAAUGAGUUCAAGGGCAGUGACGCACUCCUCUCGAACACUGUGGGCACGCCUGCUUUCAUGGCGCCUGAGUCGCUCUCAGAGACCCGGAAGAUCUUCUCGGGGAAGGCCUUGGAUGUUUGGGCCAUGGGUGUGACGCUGUACUGCUUUGUCUUUGGCCAGUGCCCGUUCAUGGACGAGCGGAUAAUGUGUUUGCACAGUAAGAUCAAGAGCCAGGCCCUGGAGUUUCCAGACCAGCCCGACAUAGCCGAGGACUUGAAGGGCCUGAUCACCCGCAUGCUGGACAAGAACCCCGAGUCAAGGAUCGUGGUGCCGGAGAUCAAGCUGCACCCUUGGGUCACGAGGCACGGGGCAGAGCCGCUGCCGUCAGAGGACGAGAACUGCACGCUGGUCGAGGUGACCGAAGAGGAGGUUGAGAACUCGGUCAAACACAUUCCCAGCCUGGCGACUGUGAUCCUGGUGAAAACCAUGAUUCGCAAACGCUCCUUUGGGAACCCGUUUGAGGGCAGCCGGCGGGAGGAGCGCUCCUUGUCGGCACCUGGGAACCUGCUCAUGAAGGACGGCAGCGCAGACAGCCUGCGGGGCUCCGGGCCCCCCCAGGCAGAAGAGGAGGAGGUGCUCCUGUGAAGGCGGGACCCUGUGCCGACAGUUGGGGGGCCCUGGGUGCUGGCUCUUCCACAUGCACGCAGCCCCUGCAGCCCAAGGAGGAAGCGAUGGAGCCGGAGUAGCUGCCGGGACCGCCCGCU